AAAACCAUUAACCUACCCAGAAAUCGAACCCGUGACCCAUCCACCCUUCUUCUUCUUCCUCUAUACCCUACAUCUGCCGCCGCCGGGGGAUUUCCCCUUUAUCGGUUCAGCUUCGGCCGGCAGUCGUCGCUGGGUCCCAUACGGCGGAGCCCGAUCAAGGAGGAGCUGCUGGCGGUCCCGGAGAACUUGGACUGCACGAUGCAGCUAUUGUUCAUGGCGUCCCGCGGCGACGCGCGAGGGGUCGAGGAUUUGUUUAACGAAGGGAUUGAUGUCAACAGCAUCGACCUCAAUGGGAGGACCGCGCUCCACAUUGCCGCCUGCAAGGGACACGCAGAGGUCGUCAAGCUUUUGCUUAGCCGGAGGGCCAAUAUCGACGCUCGCGAUCGUUGGGGGAGCAAUGUGAGUCCUUUAUUGCUUCCCUUCUUUGUUCGCCUCUUCAAUUUGGGUAAUGGAUGCUGUUUUGGGUAA